UGGCCACGUCAUACCGAGGGGAGAGACCGCCGACCUACGGAUUCCUGAGCGCUGCUCGAAUUUCCUUCAAGCCCAUUCCUCUCGUCCGCUUUGUACGACAAACACAGCUUUUCUCCUUCGCUGUUCAGAAGCCGUCUGAUCGGAACAAAAUCAAGAAUGAUGUUCCGAAGUAUCCCUCUAGUCGUUCUGCUCGCCAUAGUUUGCUGCCAUGCCGAGGAGGUGCAGAGCAAGUCUAAAGUGUGCGCUAACGUGUUCUGCGGAGCCGGGAGAGAAUGUUCCGUGACUGAGAAAGGAGAGCCCAGCUGUCUCUGCAUUGAGAAAUGCAAGCCCCACAAGCGCUCAGUGUGUGGCAGUAAUGCAAAGACGUACCGUAACCACUGUGAGCUCCACCGUGAUGCCUGCCUGACCGGCCUGAAGAUCCAGGUGGCCCAUGAUGGACACUGCAAAGAGAAGAAGAUGGACAAGGCAGCUGCAAGUCCCGUUGUGUGCUAUGUGGCGGACCGUAAUGAGCUACGCAGCCGUGUGAUCGAAUGGCUGCAGACAGAAGUGGUGCCAGACGGCUGGUUCUCCAAGGGCUCCAACUUCACUGACAUCCUGCUCAAGUACUUCAAGAAUUAUGACAAUGGUGACUCCACACUGGACUCCGCUGAGCUGCUGAAGUUCAUCCAACACAAUGAGAGUGGCGUCGACCUGAAGACCUACGUGGACGAGGAGAACAACCGCCUGCUCAGGAGUCUGUGUGUGGAUGCUCUCAUUGAGCUGUCUGAUGAGAAUGCUGACUGGAAACUGAGCUUCAAUGAGUUCCUCAACUGCCUGAGACCUGACUUCAACCCCCCUGAGAAGAAGUGUGCCUUGGAGGACGAGUCGUACGAGGAUGGAGCUGAGGCGCAGGUGGACUGCAACCGCUGUGUCUGCGCAUGUGGCAACUGGGUCUGCACAGCCAUGACAUGCGAUGAGAAGACUCCAGCUGUGGAUGAGGUAGACGCUGGUCAGGAGAUGACUGAGGAAGAGUGGACUCGCCGCGUGGCCGAGCUCAACAAGCACCAGGAGACAGUGGAGAAGAUGAAGACCAGCACUAAGGAGGCUUAAAUAAGACAUGGGGGUGAUGUGAGGUAGAGAGAACGAGAGAAAGAGAGAGAGGAGGGGGGCGAGGUGUGGGUUGGAGGAAGGAGGGAGAUAUAGAAAGAAAGACAAAACUGAAGUUGCAUUUCCACUGAAGCGCCAUCUGGGACAACAUACUGUCACAAAGAGAAUCACCCCAAUCGUAAUUGUUUUUUAUAUAAGUUAAUUAUUAAGACUUUUUUAUUGUGUACUACUCCUAUAUAUAGGCUAUUCAUUUUUCCCCUCUGGGUGUGUAUAGCGACACAUGUAUUCAAGUGCAUCCUUUAUCAAUGUUUAUGUUUGGUUGUGUGUUUGACUUUUUUUUUGUUUGAUUGUAUCACUGCAAGCCUUGGCCGAGGGCCCCAGCACUUUGAAUAGGGGGGGCAGUUUUCUAAACACUAGUUUGUCAUUUUUAUUUGUUGUCUGUCUAUAGGAGUACAAACGUGGCUUUUUUGGAGAGAACGGCACGUGUGGUGACAAACUAAAGAGAACGAAAGAGGGCGAAUGAAUGUGAGAGAGGAACCAAAUGAGCAGAGAAGAGGGAGAGUGUUGUCACGCGUCAUGGCGUGAACCUGUGAGAGAACGCUGUCAUUGCCAUUGUUGUCAUUUUUCAUUCUCGGAGUGUUAUCAGAUUUCUGGAACGGAUUCGUUACACUGUAUACUUCAGUUGUCAGGCUCUACAUCAGCAGUCGACGUGACAACAGCAUACAUUCCGCCAUGCCGUGCUUCCCUCCCUCUCUCAGCUGCAUGGCAAGGACAGUCAUUGUCAUGUGACCUAUCAUUAAGGUGCUAAAUGGUAUUAGUCCACCCCCCCUGUUGCAGCUUUGUCCAUAAACAUAAGAUACUGUGUAAAUCUUCCGUUGGCUGAAAACGAAAAACCACCACAGAGACGUGACCUUGUAGGUACCACAUCUGGAGCCGAUCGCAGGCCCAUUCGACGUGACCUAGUAGGUACCACAUCUGGAGCCGAUCGGGGGCCCGUUCUGUUCUGUUCUGUGUCUGGUAGUGAUCUGGGAAAAAGGAGCAAAGACCUUACUAGUACAUUAAAGCCGGCGGGGUGGGGAGUCACAUUUAUAAUUGUUUAUCGUUUUUUUGCUGUAGGCCGUUUGAUGCCAUCUUUUGGACUACUUGGGAAAUGCACUCCACCCCAACCCUGCUCCUCUGCCCCAACACCCACCCACACACUGCCCCGACCCCCACCCACACACUGCCCCCACUCCCACCCACACACUGCCCUACCCCCACCCACACACUGCCCUUACCCCCACCCCCACACUGACCCGACCCCCUAUCCACACACUGCCCCGACCCCCUAUCCACACACUGCCCCUACUCCCACCCACACACUGCCCCCACUCCCAGACUGCAUAAGAGAAGCUGGCAUUAGGUGCUCUGUGAAGGUUUCAGUGCCACUUGAUUAGCCAGAGUUCAUUAGCCAGUUGGACUUAGCAGUAUUAGCGCAUUUGUUUGAUUUGUUUAUUUCUGUGUUAUAUGUACUGUAUGUUUGAAAUAGGCAUCAUUUUUUUUUCACAAUCAGCUCUAAUGCAGUUGUCAUGCCCAGUUUCUUUGCUGCUUGUGUCUCAGUGGCAGUGGCUGCUCCAUAGAUAAGAGAAGCUCAUAACACUAUACUGUCAGAGAGCUAGUCUCUGCCUGGGGCCCCACCACAUGGGUAGGCAGCACGUCAGUGUCUCUCCUUCUCUGUCACCUUGGGAGAACACCUGUGACACGUUGUUGAACUCAGGAGGCAAGUAUGAAAAGAUGGUCCGAUCUGGAUCAGAGAAGUUUGGGUCCUCAAGGGGCAGUAAGGGACAUGUGCUGUGUGUCCAGUGCGGAUCCGAAUUCAAGUCUAAAUUCUCAAAUGCUCACAUGGCACUGGGUGCAGUUUCAACUUGCUUGGUCAGCCACGUCUCAUGUGUGUGUGUGUAGAUUUGGAUUUUGUUCCAGGAAUGAAGAAGCAUUGAAGAUCACAAUGACCACAAGUAUUUACAUUUCAUGUGUCAGACUUCAUGGUGACAUUGGAGGAGAGAUUGUCCAUUUUGAUAAUACUUGAUAUUAGACUUAUAAUCACCUUUGAAUGGGAUUACGUGUAUGUAUAAGUGGUGCACACACUGCCACAAUUAUACAGUAUUUAUGGAUGUUAAAAAUGACACCAAUUUUGCUGUUCAGAUGUGACAGGCAAAGAAAAACAUGACCUGACAUGAUAUGUAUAUGAACAUUUGAGAAUUUGGCCCAGGUCCUAAAGGGCGUCCGAUUUAGUAACCCCCACCUACCCCCGAUCAGCUAUCACCUGAGAGCACCUGGAUCCCGCUGUAUUAAGACCAAAUCAGACCCAGCUGCCGUCUGACUGAUUGUAACUGCCACUAUGACGAAUUCAGUGGAGCACAUCAGGACAACCCACUGAGAUAGAAUAGAAAUAUUUCUAUGGAUUAGCCCACCUCCACAGUGUGUGGCAGCCAAAGAUGAAGCAGCAAAGGCUGAGGCGAGCCUAGCAUGGAGCGACCUGAAACCAAAGCCUGAUGUUGAGGAUGUUUUAAAGUGAUGUAUGAGAACCUCCGGGUAAACCAUUACUUCGGACCCAGCAACUACACUAUACCUUUGAUUUCACAGAGCAGUCUGAGAAGGAUUAGAAUUGCUUUCGACUCUUUAGGUUAGAUGCAAUCUUUCUGCAGUUAGUGGGCGCAUGUGUUUCAGUGUGUGUGUGUGUGUGUGUGCGCGCGUGUAUGUGUGUCUAGGAUUGUUUUAAGUGAUGUUUUCCAGUAAAUCCCACCACUAAUUAGGAUCGUUUUUGAUAAUGAGUGCCUUAAAACCCACACAUGUGGAUUCAGUGAAGGUGACUUUUCUCUUCACUGGAAAUCAAACCCACAUUGGAAGCAGCAAAAAAUAGAAGCAGAUUGAGUCACUGUUAAAGUAGUUCAGCCUUAGUUGUUAGUUUUUUCCCCCUCAUGUUAAUGUAUCUUUCUGAAUGAUUGUUAGUGUGUGUGUGUGUGUGUGUGUGUGUGUGUGAUUUCCGAUUGGAUUAGAGAAAAACCUAAACCAGUCUAACAUCAAUUGCUGUCUUGUUAACUUUUUAUGAAAACCUUUGUCUUAUGAGUAUCCUGGGUAUGUAUGACAAAAAUUAAAAAAUAUAUACCAAA